ACAUGCAAUUUACGUUUACAUUAAUUAACCUGCAGUAUUGAAUGAUAUGGAACAGUUUGUACGUUUGAUACAGAAUCGUUAUAUUGUAAGGUUUUACGGUAAACCCUCAAUGUAUAAUUGAUUAAUCUAAUUUUAAUCAACAUCCGCCUCUCCCUAAAAGUGUCCACCCCCCUCUCAACGCUGUGCACAUGUACGCUCUCCGUCGUAUAAUACCGCGAGGGAUUUGUUUUAAACCUUUGGUUGGGCAAGUGUGUGGAGUCAUGUCUGAAGUCAAAAAAGCUAAGCUGAAUGAUGACAACACAAAGGGACAUGAUAGGAUAGUUUGGGUGGAUUGUGAGAUGACAGGACUAGACGUUGAUAAUGACCACAUCAUUGAGAUUGCUUGUCUAGUUACAGAUGGAAAACUUAACGUUGUGGCAAAGGGUCCAAAUCUUAUUAUUCAUCAGCCUGAUCACAUAAUGGACAACAUGAAUGACUGGUGCAAAGAACACCAUGGAAAGUCAGGUCUAACCCAGGCAGUAAAAGAUAGCCAAAUAUCUCUGCAGCAGGCAGAGAAAGAGGUUCUGGCUUUUGUUCAGGACCACACCCCUGCUGGAAGCUGUCCACUGGCCGGGAACUCCAUACAUGCUGACAAAAAGUUCCUGGAUAAGUACAUGCCUGAUUUCAUGGGGCACUUGCAUUACAGAAUUAUAGAUGUCAGCACCAUCAAGGAGCUCUGCAGGAGGUGGUACCCAACUGACUUAAAGAAAGCCCCUCCUAAAGCAAGGACUCAUAGAGCCAUGGAUGAUAUAAGAGAGAGCAUAAAGGAAUUACAGUAUUAUCAGACUGCACUCUUCAAACCUCCAGAAAGCUGAAUGAUUUACUGUAACGAAUGUGAAGAGCAAUGAAUGUGUUAGGUGUGACUGAAAGAACACAUUUCUGGCAGCGCGCACGCACUG